AGGUGUCCCAGUUACUGCUGUGUGCGCGUGUUUAAUCGUCAUUCCGCUUUUACAUAUCCGUGGUAUUACAUUAUGCAACACACCUAUGUAGCUUAAGAACGUUAUAAAUAGUUGUGCAUUGCCAGCAUAGAACGUUGUGGAAGUGACCAGAUAAUUUUUGAGGACAAUACUGAAAAAUGAAUACCAAAUCCUGGAAACAUUCUGGAGGUAGCAGAUGUAUGAAGAUGUUAUGCCAAGGCUUUUCAUGAAAAACUGGCAGACUGUCCUGAAGUGUAGCACUGAUUGAUUACUUAAUUUCAAAGCUGGUUUUGUACUUUCCUAACUACUGACAAGUGAUUAAUAUCUUCACUCUUCUACUCAUAUGAAUAGUAAUUGAGUACUAGCAGUGAGUGAGAAUGACGUCAAGUUCAAUGACAUCGAGUCCAGCGGCAGGGCGAGCCAGUUAUGUGUCUGGGAACCAUCAACGGAAAACCAGGGUGAAACUAUGGGACCCCUUUCUAUUCGAUGAAAAAGGGAGCAAAACAUUAUAUUAUACUAUUGAUGAGAGAGAUGACGAGGAUCCAAAUCAUGAAUACAGCAGUUGGCACAUCCUCCCAGAUCUCAUACUGGAACAAGUCUUCCAGUACCUCUCACUCGAGGAACGACACAGUGCCUCACAGGUGUGUAGAAACUGGAGAGAAGCAUUCUAUUUUCCAAGAGUAUGGUACACAUUUCUUCUUCAUGAUGAUUUACUUUCGAAGAGAAAAUUCAACUAUUAUUCUGGAUGGCAAAAACUUCUCGACCAUCACCGAGCCACAUUGUUCCUCACAAAGAAAGGGGAACAUAUAAGAAGUUUAAUAAUUAAACCAAUGAACAAUCUCUUUAAUUUGUAUGAAUUUUUGAAUAUAUCAUAUUACUUGAAUGAUAAAUUCCCAAGUAUACUGGGACAAGUACACACAUUGAGAUUUCACUUUGAGUGUCACAUAGCAGAGCGGUCAGAGGAGGUUGUGUUCGGGACAGGCGGGCUGAUGCUGAGCAUGUUCAAGCGUGUCUUGGGUAUCCUUCCAGCGCUCAAAACUCUCGAGAUCAAAGACCUCCUUCUGAACACUACUGAUGGAUUACAAUUACUCGAUGACGUAUGUGUUACAUGCUGUGAAACUCUCCAGACUCUGAUUUUGAUCAAUAUCACUAAAGUUGGAUUGACGUUACUGCAUCCGGGAGUGUUCAUCAAUCUCAGAACAUUAGCCAUUUCUCCUCAGAAUAUCAGUGAAGAACUUCUUCAGCUGCUGGAAGAUACAGCAUUACGAAAUCUCUUCAUAAUACAGAACAAAUAUACUGAGAACUGUCGAUCCAUUAGCUACAAAGCCUGGAGACAAUGCCGCCAGAAAAAUCCUAAACUUAGAGUUCAUCUUUGUAUUGAAGGAAAUUCAAGAAUGGAUAUUGUUCAUCAACUGUGUGCUCCUGUCAAGAGUAUAGUUUAUGAUUCACCAUAUGCACGAAUCACGACGUCUAUGAUGCUUACAAAUGUUGAAUUUUAUAAGCAUGAUCUGGAGGUGUUUGCUCACAAGCAGCUGCCCAGAUUCUAUAUGCCAAGAUCCUUUCAUGAUAGAAUAGACUCCUCUCUGCUCUUGUUGGUCAGACAGUGCCCAUAUAUACAUACUCUGGCUGUACGUGAAAAGGUGUCUACAGCAACAGUACUUUUGAUAGCUCAUUCUGCAAAGAAUCUUCAGUUCUUCUAUGUCCGUAGAAAUGCCAUUCUACUAAAGGCAGACUGGCCCAUGAAUCCAAACUGGACCCCGGUAUUUUAUACCUGGCUAUGUAAGAGUGCACUAUCUUAUGAGGCUAUGGAAUGUGAAGUUUCUCAGAUAUUGGGAUACAGAUGGCAGGCUCUCACUGACAAACAGUUCAAGAAUAUGCAGAUUAAUCUUGAAAAAACUAAAUUUAUGUACUCCUGAUGUAAAGAAAAAACAAGAUUCAUAUACUAUAUACUGUAUGGUUUUUAACUGCAUUUUUAAAUGAUCUGUGGAGUUUAAUGGGCUUCUUAAAUGCACAGAAUA